AUGUGUUCCACCUCACUUGGAAGGGCAAUCUCUGCGGGUGAAGAGGACACUGGGCAACGAGGAUCGCCGCCGGAGCAACAAGGACCGUCGCCACGGAUGUUCAGGAAGGCCCCACCACCCACCGAAGAGGCUGCUGGGCAACGAGGAUCGCCGCUGGAGCAACGAGGAUCGACGCCACGGAUGUUCAGGAGGGCCCCACCACCCACCGAAGAGGAUGCUGGGCAACGAGGAUCGCCGCUGGAGCAACGAGGAUCGCCGCUGGAGCAACGAGGAUCGCCGCCACGGAUGUUCAGGAAGGCCCCACCACCCACCGAAGAGGAUGCUGGGCAACGAGGAUCGCCGCUGGAGCAACGAGGAUCGACGCCACGGAUGUUCAGGAAGGCCCCACCACCCACCGAAGAGGCUGCUGGGCAACGAGGAUCGCCGCUGGAGCAACGAGGAUCGACGCCACGGAUGUUCAGGAGGGCCCCACCACCCACCGAAGAGGAUGCUGGGCAACGAGGAUCGCCGCUGGAGCAACGAGGAUCGCCGCUGGAGCAACGAGGAUCGCCGCUGGAGCAACGAGGAUCGCCGCCACGGAUGUUCAGGAAGGCCCCACCACCCACCGAAGAGGAUGCUGGGCAACGAGGAUCGCCGCUGGAGCAACGAGGAUCGACGCCACGGAUGUUCAGGAAGGCCCCACCACCCACCGAAGAGGAUGCUGGGCAACGAGGAUCGCCGCUGGAGCAACGAGGAUCGACGCCACGGAUGUUCAGGAGGGCCCCACCACCCACCGAAGAGGAUGCUGGGCAACGAGGAUCGCCGCUGGAGCAACGAGGAUCGCCGCUGGAGCAACGAGGAUCGCCGCCACGGAUGUUCAGGAAGGCCCCACCACCCACCGAAGAGGAUGCUGGGCAACGAGGAUCGCCGCUGGAGCAACGAGGAUCGACGCCACGGAUGUUCAGGAAGGCCCCACCACCCACCGAAGAGGAUGCUGGGCAACGAGGAUCGCCGCUGGAGCAACGAGGAUCGACGCCACGGAUGUUCAGGAAGGCCCCACCACCCACCGAAGAGGAUGCUGGGCAACGAGGAUCGCCGCUGGAGCAACGAGGAUCGACGCCACGGAUGUUCAGGAAGGCCCCACCACCCACCGAAGAGGAUGCUGGGCAACGAGGAUCGCCGCUGGAGCAACGAGGAUCGACGCCACGGAUGUUCAGGAGGACCCACCGAAGAGGCUGCUGGGCAACAAGGAUCACCGCUGGAGCGCCGCUGGAGCAACGAGAAUCACCGCCCAGCCCCGAGAUUCACGCCCAUUAG